AUGUACAUCAGUGCAGAAAUUAAUGCUUCACGAUGGACAAGCCAGGACCCCCUUCUUGUCUCAGUCUGCCUGCAGCCACCCUUCCACCUGCAGGUCCUGUCAUUGCCAUGCUCUCUGACUUUUCACCUGUUUCAGUCACCUGCUCACCUGUUUCCAUUUUCCCUCAUCAGCCCUGCCAGAGUCACUGCUGCUCUAAGCCUUUGCUUUCUAGCCUCUGGAACCUGGACCAGGACCAAUGCCCUGAGACCUAAGACCUGGAACCUGUACCCGCUUGCCUCCUCUACCUUCUCACUUACGAACCCCACAGCGGAGGAGGGCCCCCUGGCGCAGCUCACCCACACGGCCCACCGGCGAGAGAAACGCUGCUCGUGUGAGAACCAGAAGGACAAAGAGUGUAUUUUCUUCUGCCACAUUGGCAUCGUCUGGGUCAACACACCGAGCCACGUGGUUCCUUAUGGAUUUGGUUCACUCCGACUCAGGAGGGACCUCAGCCGCUGCCUCUGCACAGACACUCAGGACCGCGAGUGUUUGAGCUUCUGUUCCGUCCAGACGCAAACGAAGGGGGGAAAUGUCGCUGACAAACGGUUGAAGAUCUACAGAGGUGCAUUCUGGGAAAAAAGGAGCCGACACGCACUCAAAAACCAGACCUGAGAGAGAGGAGCAACAACAGUGACAGAAGUCCUUCAUGCAUCAGAAAUAACACAAAUGGACCCUUUUGUUUGUCUUUCUACCUUGAUGACAGUUUGUACAUGUACUGUGCAUGUGUGUGUGUGUGUUUAAUGUUAUUGUAAUGAUGGUGACGCAAUAGGAUAGGAGUGCUGAUGGCACACAGGGAGGGAGUUUGACCUGUGGCCUUUCUGUUUCCGGAUGAUCUCAGAUGAUUUGUAGCAAUGAGGGACGAAAAAACAUUUCACUUACGGCUGCAACCAGAUGAUCCACAGCCUCGGGGACAAAGACCCUGAAAUUUACAACGUUUGGGAAUUUUGAUGGUAAAUUCUACCCUUGACGUGUUACACAGCUUUGCUGUUGUAGGCUGAAAACCUCCCAUCUCCUUUUUCAGGUGUAAACAGCCUGUUUAAAGCAGCCACGCCUUUACAUUUGUUUUCCGUGAAAGUCCGGUGAAAUUAAGGUCGCACAGACGACCAUUUACAUACAGACUCAAAAACUUUUUCAAAUAUUUGCAUGGACACUUUUAAAUGUCUGCAUUCACAUGUAGUCUUCUAAUGUAUGAUACUUGAGAGACGGCUGUCAAAAAGCAUUGCUAAUACCAUGUCAGAGAUUUACCCCUAAAUUCCACCGGGCGCGUUCGGUCCACGUUCCGUCCGCACCGCGUAUCGCUGCCAUGUCAGACAAUGGCAGGAAGUCAGACAGAGGAAUGGUGUAGAGAAUCCAGUAAAGUUUCAAAAUAAAACUACCUGUGCAGACGGUGCAUCAGCAAUAAAAUCAGAUCAUAACAGACAAGAAGAGAAAGCAAUUAGCUGCUUCAGUGAGUUGGUUGGUCAACUUACCGACGACAGACGUACAACUAUCAAGGAAAAUGAGUCUUCAGCCGCGACAUCACAGAGACUCACUCGGUGGAGGUUAAGAAAACAAAAAGUAGGAUUAUUAUUUUGAACAAAAAGUCGUGAUAAGAGGACCAAGCUUUAAAUGUUAUAGAAGAAGAGGUCAUAAUACUGUAAUAUAAGAUAAUGAUGUAAUUUCACUAGAAAAACGGCUAAUUUUCAAAUCAAGGUCAUUCUCUGAUAUUAUAAGAGUAAAGAAAGCACGUUUACAGUUACUAACUGUACUGUAUUACAGUACAAUAAGAAACUGCUAAACUGUACAAUUACUUCAUUCUAAAAUAUUAAAACUUUCUUGUAAAUUAAUCUAUCUUAUCUGACUUAUUUCAUGUAAGAAUGACACCUUUUAUUCAUGAAAUAUUACAAUUAUUUUGCCAAAUUAAAGCUUUAUCUUGAAAUAUAUGGCUUUUUCAUAUAAUUUCAACUUUAACUUGUAAUAUUGUAACUUUUUACUCAAAGCAACACAAAAUGUUUCCACUUUACUCUGUAAAACCUCAUGUGUUUUUGUCAAGCGGUGUCCUGCAUACCCUGUCGUCGUCCUCUAGAUUAAAGAAUAAGCUAUUCUAACAUUGUGAAAAGGGUAAUGUGAUGUGAGUGGCUUCUUGCAUUGAAAGGUGAGCUUACACUGACAAACAGGAAUAUAUAUUUAAAAGGUUGUCAGUCAAGAGGUCAUGAAGUGUGAUGAGUGGGUCACAUUUGAACCGGAGUUAUGAGGUUUUCACAUAACAAGAGUGUCCUGCAGCUGUCGGUCAGUCGUUCUAUCCUCGCGGAUCUUUGUCUGAAUGUGAUUUACAAAAUAGUUGUCUCAGUUUUACAGUUUGUGUGUGAAUCUUUUUAUUUUCACUAGAGUGCAACAACAACGAUGCUGUAGCUGGUGUGCUGAGUCUGCAGCAAAGUUGUUGUCAGUGUUUUAUUUAUGCCUUAUUCUACUUAUUCCUCCAACAUGUCAAAGUGUCCCUGAAAAUGAGCAUAACAGAAAUAUUUAUUUCCUGUACACUGAAGUAUACUCACAGUGUGUAAUCUUCCUUUGUGCAUAUGGAAUAUAACCAUACUAACAUUUAAAUACACUGAGCUCUGGACGGUACCGCAUUAAGCGCCAUCUCCUCUGUGAUAUAACUCGAUCUGUCAUUAGAGGCCGGGAGUGGUCUGUUGAUGACUCCACCAUUGGUCAGAAGUGCUGACACCGAUCGCCCGAGGAGCUGUGACCAUAUAACCAAUCUGCAGGUUAUUCAGCCGGUUAACACCCAUCAUAAAACCCUUUUGUGGUAAAAAGAACAAAACAAAACAAAAAGAAAAAACAGAGAAGAUAAGAAUUUGACCCAUGUUCAUAUUAAGUCUUUCCUUCCUUCUCCUUAAUAACACCAUGUGAUUUUUACCAAAGACAAGACAACAAUUCAGCAACUACAACCUCCCCGGAGGCUUAGUCAGAGAAGUGGUGUCGAAGCCUGCUGCUGGGAAAUUCAUGUAUGAUGCAUUUCUAAUGCCAUGCCUUCAGAUUCACCUCAAAGUCACAUGUACCCAACCCUAUCAUGUGGCGUAUCAGUAAGACUACAUGUGCCCUUACUGAUGGAAGCUCGCCCCUUGAUUUUGUGAAUCAGUUUAGUAACGGCUGCAAACACAAUGCUAAACUGGUCACAUGGUUUAAAGGCCAUUUGGAAGUGUCCAUCUGGCCUACAGAUGACGUUUCUCACUUGAUUGAACGUUCCUGCCGCUCGCAGUUCAGCAACCUGUUUGUAUUUCUCCCUUUAAAGUUGCACCUAAAUGUGCACAGAACAUAAGAAUUUAAUACUGGUCGUGUAAAUUUGAACAAAAAUGACAAAAAUCUGUGCCGUCAGUAGAUCACUCCAUUUUCGCACAAUGAUCCUUGUGUUCUCCACCAGCACCAGCGGCUGUCAGCAGAACGUCAUCAGUCAUCACGCGGUCACGUGAUGUGGAUUGAUGUCCUCAGGGAGGUCAGAGGUCACGUGAGCUCGCUCUCUCCUCUGCAGGAUAGAGAUGGGAUGCUCGAAAGGCUUUGAGCCUCAUUUCACGGGCCUGUCAUAUUUUAAAGUCAUGAGUUUAGAGUCACUCAGUGAGAAAUCAACACCAUCAUCAAUUUCACAUAUUUCAGUUUCAUUCAUGUCUUUGUUUUUUGUUUUUUUUUGUUCCACUGCACUCACACAGCAAUGGAAAACGAUGGACUGUAACAAAGGCUGUUAUUCAAACCUCCUCACACUGAAGCAGAUUAGUGGUUUAUCAUUUUAUUAUCAGCGCCAAGUGAAACAUUCAAAGAGUUUUGUUCCAGAUUGAAGCAGUAAAACAUCUUCGAUUACAUGCACAGGAGUUUGUCUGCGAGAAGACAUCUCAGUGACGAUUGAUAUCACUGAACUAAAACCACAUGCUGUUUAUUCCAAGCAAAGAGCAGCAGGUAGCUCAUUCUUUUAACCUACGUUACGUACAUUUAACGUACUUAAAUUUAAGCAUGUUAUUGAUAUCUACAGUAGCCAGUGAAAUCCAGUGUUUCGUGUAAGUUGUGGAGCAGAACUCUUGGUUUCAUUUUGCCUGAUAUCGUCCUGAUGUUCACGUCUUCAAAACCCCAUCUGUAUAAUAGCUUUUGUAAGAUGUUCUGAACGCAACCCUUUAAAAAUGUAUAGCACCAAAUAUGUACGUAUGUUGAUUGUUUUAUUGCAGGAUAUUUAUUUUAUUAAAUAUUUCUAAAUCAC